CUUCCCUUCUCUUGUCUUCAACUGUCUCGCUUUCUACCUCUCUCACUCUCAGCCGCCUGCCUUCCCUCUUCACUUCCCAUCUCUAACUCCUCAUUUCCUCAGCUGGGCUCAUUAUAAAGGAAUUUCUUUUGAAGUUUUACUAAUAAAUAAAAUGAAUUGAGUUUCGGUGACGUUGUGGCAUGGCCCCUGCUCAACCGGUGAUGGAUAUCAAUCCAGACAGUGAACCGUGUUAUACUACACCUGUUGAACCUGAAAAGGAAAGCAAGUGCAUCUUAGUAAACUCCAAUGAGAACGGUUUGAGCUGCAUGAAUGAUUGUGAGGAAAUCAAAACUGGGAACGAAACUCUGUUGAAUGGACAAAUCACAGUUCCGAAGGGCCCCGAGGAUAUGGAGAUUGAUGUAAUUAAAUGUACGACUGUUGGUGAAACUAGAUUGGCUGAAGCUGAUGAUCCUGAUGCGACUGAAUAUUCAAGCUCAUUUGGCAACACUGAAUCUGAUGCUGAAAGGUGUUCUGGAUUGAGUGAAGCCGAAGUGGAAUCACAAUAUUUUGAUCACAGUGGUUUGGGAUCGUCUUAUGAUUCAUUUAGUAGCAUGUUUCAAGUUAGGAAGAAGAAGUUGACAAAUCACUGGAGGAGCUUUAUACGUCCUAUUAUGUGGCGUUGCAAGUGGGCAGAGCUGAAAAUUAAGGAGAUUGAGUCUCAAGCAUUGAAAUAUGCAAGAGAACUUGCAGUAUAUGACCAGAGAAAACUCUCAAGAAUCAACCAAGAUACAUUAGAAGGGUUUGGGUCAAAGUCUUUGCCAUUUUCUAGUCAAGGCUACAGAAAAAAGGCCAUGAAGAGGAGGAGAAGAAAAAGAGUUGAAGACACAGCAGACUUAAUGUCAUACAUGUCACGUCAUAACCUUUUUUCCUAUAUCGAAAGCAAGAGGGCCAAUCCAGAUGGCAAUCCUAUGUCUAAUGAUUUUGGUAACACAGCAAGUAUGGACCAACAAGCGGAUUGCAUUGAUAAAUUUGGCAGUAAUGAUGAUCAAUUAUUUUUCGAGUUCAAAGAUGGUGACAAUUCCUUGGAUCAGGUCCUUAUGAAAAUUGAAUUAGUGCACUCUCGUGUUCACAAGCUAAAGAGUCAACUUGACAUAAUCAUGUCCAAAAAUGCCUCAAAGUUCUCUUCCUCUGAGAACUUGAGCCUUCUUGCACCCUGUGAGGCGCAGAAUAGCUCUGCUCCUAGUCCUACAUUCUCAGCUGGCAAUGCGGACAUGACAUCAGUGGGAGCUAUAUAUAAUCCAACUCAACAUAUUUCGGAAUAUGAUAUUGGAGAGUUUGUAAUGCAUGAAAAUGCUAUUUCAAGUUAUGCGGAGACCAUUCAUGUUCCUGAUAUAAUUGAAAGCACAGUAGGACUGUUGUCUGCAGCUGACGUUACUUUCCAUCAGCCACAGAUUGGAGAUUCGUGUGAAGAUAUCUUGGAUAACAUCCUGAUACAAAAUGAUGGAACCGAAGGAGAUCACCACACGUUCUUAAGGACAGGCAAUCAAUCCAUAGAGAGGCAGCAUGACCCGGAGAAAGGAGAAGAAGGAGAAAGCACCAACCCUUCUCAAGUCCCCACCCCAGAACCUGAUCCAGUGGCAAAAUCUGCAGUUUCUCAGGACCAAUCAACUCUAAAGUCAUGUUUAGCCUCGGAUUUCCAGUUUCCUCGGAACAAGAGAAAGAGAGGGGAACGCAAAGCUGGUCCCGGAAUUAGUUGGAACAGGAAAGGCACUGGUGAGCCUGAUAGCCAGUGAGUUUUACA